AUGACGAAACAACAAAAAGAAAAAACACGAGAAAAGAUAAAAGAUGGGCAAACGGACGACGAGGAGCCUAAUUUUAGUGAUCCGGAUGAUUUUGUUGAAAAAGUUUCUGAUCAAGAAAUUCUGGGUGAUUUAUUGAAGCAACGGCCGAAAGAGACAGAUGGCAUUGAUAAUUUCAUCAUCGUCGACAAUGUUCCCCAGGUGGGGCCAGAGCGACUUGAAAAGUUACAAAACAUUAUUAAGAAAAUAUACACCAAGUUUGGUAAAAUAGUGACUGAGCACUAUCCUAUGGACAAUGGUAUGACUAAAGGAUUCAUCUUCCUCGAGUUUCAGACCCACCAGGAAGCAUUGAAAGCAGUUGCUGCAACUGACGGUUAUAAGCUGGAUAAACAGCACGUCUUUGCCGUCAACAUGUUUAGCGAUAUAGAGAAGUACACCACUAAUGUGUCAGAGAAGUGGGAGGAGCCAGUGGCCAUCCCAUACAAAGAUCAUGGAAAUUUGUAUAGCUGGCUCUUGAAUCCGCACUGCUACGACCAGUUCAGUGUCAUUUACGAAGGUGGCGAGACUACGGCUCUGUACUUGAAUACACCCUCCGAGCCCCAGUGUCUUGAGAUGAGGAAAAGGUGGACGGAAACAUUUGUGAAGUGGUCUCCAAAGGGCACCUACCUCCUGACCUACCACCAAAAGGGAAUCGCCCUCUGGGGCGGCGAGAAAAUGGGUCAGGUCAUGAAGUUCAGUCACCCUGGGGUUCAAAUGAGUGAUUUUUCGCCCUGUGAAAGGUACUUGGUGACGUAUUCGUCACUGGCGGACACGAAGGACGAGCCACAGGCCAUCAUCGUCUGGGACAUUAGAACUGGUCAGAAAAAAAGGGCAUUUCACUGUGAUAGCCCCACGCCCUGGCCUAUUUUCAAGUGGAGUUUUGAUGGGAGAUACUUUGCUAGGAUGUCCACUGAUACACUGAGUAUAUAUGAGACACCGUCAUUUGGUCUGUUGGAGAAGAAGAGUGUCAAAAUCAAGGGGUUGAGGGACUUUUCGUGGUCUCCGACGGACAGCAUCCUGGCCUACUGGACCAGCGAGGAACGCGACACCCCCGCCAGGGUCACACUGGUCGACGUGCCCUCUUACAAUACCCUCUGUGCCAAAAAUCUCUUCACAGUGGCAGACUGUCGAAUGCAUUGGCAGAAAUCCGGUGCUUAUUUGUGUGUCAAGGUCGAUAGGUACAAAUCGAAGAAGGAAGAGAAGGAAACUGUAAAAUAUCAGGGUAUCUUCCACAACUUCAACAUUUUCAGAAUCCGAGAGAAAGAAAUACCAGUCGACACUGUUGAUGUUAAAGAUACCAUUUCCGCAUUUGCCUGGGAGCCAAUAGGAAGCAAGUUCUGCAUCAUACACGGAGAUGCACCAAGGACAGCCGUCUCCUUUUAUAACGUUAAGCCAAUGGGAGUUGUUGAAUGCAUAAAGACUUUUGAGAAGAAAUCAGUGAAUCAUUUGUUCUGGUCGCCUAAUGGUCAGUUCAUCGUACUGGCUGGAUUGAGGAGCAUGAAUGGCGUGUUAGAGUUCGUUGACACGCAAGAUAUGACGGUUAUGACUCAGGCCGAGCAUUUCAUGGCCACAGAUGUCGAGUGGGAUCCAACUGGAAGGUACGUUGCCACAGGCGUUUCAUGGUGGGGCCACAAGGUAGAUAACGCAUUCUGGAUUUGGAAUUUUCAGGGCAAAAUUUUGCACAAGCAGACGAUUGAUCGCUACUGCCAGCUACUCUGGAGGCCUAGACCCCCAUCACUGCUGAGUGGCGAACAAAUCAAGGAUCUGAAGAAGAACAUGAAAAAGUAUAACAUACAGUUCAGUAUUGAAGAUAAGAAGAGGGAGACCAAGGCCUCCAAGGAGCAGAUAGACAAAAGGAACAAACAACUUUCUGAAUUCAACCUGUGGAGGAGCAAGUGUGUGGAGAAGUUUGAGGAUGAGAAGAAGAGGAGGUUGCAAUUGAGAAGAGAUAUAGACACAGACGAACUAGACAGUCAUGUUGAGAACUUUGAAGAAGAGACAGUGGAAUUUUUACUCGAAGUCGAAGAAAUCCUAAUCGACGAAGAGUAG